AGUGCGUGGCCAUUGAGUACUUGUACUCGGCCUAUGCCUCUCCUGACGCUGCUCCCUAUCUCCUCAAGUCGCCAUGUCGUUGUUGAGCGGCCUCAGGCAUCAGGCUCUGGCGCAAUGCGCGGUAGCACAUCGGGCAGGCAUAUGCAAACGCUCGUGUCGGCCCAAUUGCCCGUGGCAAUCAGGCAGGCGGCGGUCGCGGGCCUCCAAUUUGACAGUCAUUGCGCCGCCUGGUUGAGAGGACGCACAGGCCGGUUCGAAGGGUUUCCAUCCCACAUAUGGGCCUGGUUGAGGUCUGCACGAUACGUCACUAUCGUGAGAAUCCGCCCGCCCCGCCAACGGCCGCUUGCUGCUUGUCCUGCCACAACCCCUCCACCUCGUCCCCCAAAAAUCACACCACACCACCUCGCGUCGCCAAAAUGGGAAAGCCACCAAAUCUAUACGCCUUUAAGAACGUCGACGAGCUCGCUCCGAGCCUACGCACCUACGUGCUGGACGCGCAGAAUACCGCGAUCAAGCGCCACAAUGUUUUUCGCGUCGCAGUCUCGGGAGGCUCUUUGCCGAAGACCCUUGCGCAGGCGCUGCUGAAGGAGACCAACGGCGAAGGAAAGCCACAGUUCGACAAGUGGGAAAUCUUCUACGCUGACGAGCGCGCCGUGCCCCUCGACCACGAAGACAGCAACCACAGGCUUGUGAAGGAGGAGCUGUUGGACAAGAUCCCGUCCGCGCUAGGCACACCCAAGGUCUACCCAAUCGACACCAAGUACCUGGACGACGUUCAAGAACUGGCUGACCAGUACGAGAAGACGCUUGUGAGCGUGUUCGCUGCACGAGACAGCGUCAAACUGCCCCUCUUCGACCUACUUCUGCUAGGCUGUGGGCCAGACGGCCAUACCUGCAGCCUGUUCCCCGGCUCUGACCUCCUGCGGGAAGAAGAUGCUUGGGUCCUGUACAUCACCGAUUCACCCAAACCCCCGCCCAAACGCAUCACCAUCUCCCUACCUGUCGCGCAGGCUGGCCUUCAGAUCGCCUUCGUAGCAACAGGCGCCGGCAAGAAAGACAUCAUGAAACAGAUCUUUGACUCAGACGAGGGACACCAGCUGCCGUGCGGUCUGGUCAACCACAAGGGCGAAGGGCGAGUCAGCUGGUUCGUCGACUACCCCGCCAUUGAUGGCGUAGCAUUCCCGUCUCGCCGCGGCAGCCUGUAGGUUGCGGACCACUUUAUUCGUGCAUAUCAGUCCCUUGCUUUCUUCGGAUCGAGAUUGGAAAGUCGUUCACUCUGCAUGCUGUAAGCCUUUGAUAGGUACCUUCAGAGCUUUCGUUUGUGCUUUCGCGAUGUAGACUUACCACGGCGUGCGGAGGUCGCCUCUCGAAGUAAGCAUUGGGCCACUCGCUCGCAGGUUCGAUACGAAUAGAUCAUGAAACCUUUCGUUCAAUAUACCUUCCACUUUGAUCAUCUGCAG